CGUGCGCACUGUACGGGUGCAGAUUUCUUGUGACUGGCAGCGGUGGGGUCGGAGAUGGCGGCCUCCACGGAGCGGGUAUGGGCAUUGUUUGGCGCCGGCGUUCGGACGGUGCUGGAGGCCUGGCCGGCGCUCCAGUGUCUCCUCUCCCAGAUCGCCGUGGAGAACAGCUUCGGGGGAGUCCACAGCCGAGAAAAGGCCCUGUGGCUCGGGGGAGCUGUCUGGGAUUAUUUUGUCCAGAACGCUGACUUGGAGCAGGAUGAGGUGGAAGACUUCCUGGCUGACAUUAUGAGCACCGAAUUUGAUACCCUGGUAGAAGAUGGAAGCCUGCGCCAGGUAAGCCAACAGCUCCAGACGGUGUUCAGAUACUGCCAGAGUGGUGAGGAACCCUUGCUGAGAGAGUUCAUCACUCAUAUGGGCCAGAAGCAGAUGGAGGUCAAAGCCAUGGAGGUCCGGACAUUCGAGCAGACCAAUGACAAUGAUCCAGACCAGGAGGAAAACAUAGAUGGGGGAACUGAGGAAAUGGAGGUCAUUGACAUCAGGGAGACCCCUGCCCUGCCCUCUGGUGCCCAGGCUGGUCCAUCAGCUGCCAUUAAACUGGCUUCUGUUGGGCAUGAAGCUGCUGAAGACGGCUGGAUUGUUAUCCAGAGGAAAAAGAAGAGCUGGGGGAGGAAGAAGGGAAUGGAGAUAUGAAGUGUGGAAAGUGUUCCCAGCCUUUGUUCACCCCUGCUGUCGUUCCCCCCACCCCCCCACCUUCAUCUGCUCAGAAUCAGGGUCAGCUAGAAAGAGCAGUGAUGUGACAGAAGGGCCCUCCGGAGCCAUUCUCGACAAGCGGAUAUCUCCUUUCCCUCACCCCACCCACCUUCUCUUCACUCCCAUGGCCUCCACCUUCCCUCAUCAACUCUCACCUCGACUAAAGUAACCCCAAAACUCA